AAACUCCGGCAUGUGUCCCAUUUGAACUUCACUGCCUGGCCAGAUCAUGACACGCCCUCCCAGCCAGACGAUUUGCUCACUUUUAUAUCCUACAUGAGACACAUCCACAAAUCAGGACCAAUCAUCACUCACUGCAGCGCAGGCAUUGGACGAUCGGGGACGCUCAUUUGCAUUGAUGUGGUCUUGGGACUCAUCGGCCAAGAUCUAGAGUUUGACAUCUCAGACAUAGUGCGCAGCAUGCGCCUGCAGAGGCAUGGAAUGGUGCAGACGGAGGACCAAUAUAUUUUCUGCUAUCAAGUUAUCCUCUAUGUCCUAAAACGUCUUCAAGUAGAAGAACAGCAGAGAAACAGCUAAAUUUGAAAUUCACGUAUGCUUUAAAAAGGGGUGGUGGGGUUGGACAGAGAAAAAGGAAAUUCCUGAAUGAUUCGGGCACCAUCUGCAUUGCAGAAUCAAACUGGUUGAACAUUCAUUCUGUCUGCCGCAAGGGAUUCCUGUCACAGAAUUCUAAGCAAAUCACAGUUUGCAGAAAUCCUUGGGGGAAGCCAUAACAGCUAAACUGGUAAAAAGCUAAUAUGCAUUUGUGGCACAGGUGUGUGCCGUGAGUGCAGUCUUGCCAAUAUGGUCCUAGUGUCCGUCGGGCAUCAUGUACCCGUGCACUCCCCCCCCCCAACUUCUGGAUGGUCCAAAGCCUUGCACCCCAUUGAACAGUCCUGCAGUUUCUGCAGUUUUUUGACACUAUGAUAAACAGUUGACAUUUUUAAACAGCUUUCUAUUUUUCCAAGAAGUAUUAAUGUCUCCUACAUGUUUUUUUUCCCCCCUCCUCAGCUAUUUUAUAGUAUAUUCUACUGCUGGGGAUGAGGGGCGGGGUGGGGGGGAGAGAUACAAAACAGUAUUUUAUCCUGGUGGACUUUCUUACAGGGACAUUUGUAUUAGUCUAUUUUUAAAAGGUUUGUUUAUAGCAGAGCUGUCUUUUUCCAGCAUUUUUUAAAGGAUACAGUAGAGCUUUUUAUAGGAAAUACUUGAAAUCAGUAUUUAAGCUUUACAUCGUACUAGUAUAGGAGAAAGUAGCAAACAUUGAACUGUAAGUAUCA